UUACGGUAUCGCGGUACGGGGGUCCAAAACAACUCAACCAGCAAGAUUCGAUCACUCGUGAUUCAGCAGUCAACUGGUGUGAAUGCGCCAACGCGUACCUCGUCUCGUGCCAUCCGUUUGUUAUCCGUGUUGGUGAUCGUUAGGUGCGCUCUGGAUUUUUUUGCAAGUGAUAGAGAUCUAGUCCGGCAGCAAAGAUUAAAGUGCGUUUGGUGGAGGAAACUUCAAAAGGUUCGAAUUUUAGCGAAGAAAAGGCAGUACUUAUUUAGUUGAAUUUCUAAAAGUGUCGAGAGUGCAGUGCAAGUUGACUACCAAACAAUUCCCGAGUUUGUCCAUUCCAGAGCAAUAAUUGAGUGCUUUUAUUUUUGGAACCGCUUUAAUCGAAUUCACCACUCGUCCCAACACGCAGCUGCAGCGCAAUCACGUAACAAAGUCGAAGAAAAGGAACGAUCACUGCUUCCAGAUUUACAUUCAAGAUGCUUUUAUCGAAAACAUCAUGUAUAACGGUGGCGUUGUGUCUGGCAGCACUGUCCACAUCCGUACUAUCGCAAGAUGAUCAGCCAAAGAGUAACAGCCGGAACAAUCUGCUUCUGCGGAGGGGUAACAUUGGACGACAAAAUCCACUGUCAAAGACUACCACAACGACUCCUCCACCCGAAUAUGCCGAGGACGAAUACGUGGACGAGGAAGGUGAACGGGUCGAAGGUGACGACGGAGAAGACCAGGGACCGGCCGUCCGUCCCAUCAUCACGACAACGACGACCACAACCGAACCGCCGAAAAAGAUCCGGCCCAGCAUCCGCCCGUUCCGCAGUAAUGACGAUCUCCUGUCGGCACUGAAGAAACGACGCCUGGAGUCGAAGAAUCACAAGCCAGCUCCACCAAAAGAAAAAACGUACGACGACGAAGACAUUCCAGCUCCCGCCCCUGCCAAAUCAGCCAAGGCGCCAGCAAUCGGUAAAAUUGCAGAUAAUGUUGUUUUUGCUUUAACGAAACCGGUACCAAAAGGACGUCGCUUCGGGCCAACCCGGAAGGAACCAGAACAGAACGCAGCACCAUCGGAGCAAAGUGAAGAAACGAACAGCGACAACGUUGGAGCCAAGUCACUGACCAGCCGUCUCGGUCGGUCCCGGUUUGCACUGAAACAAUAGAUUCGAUCAAGUCCGGUUUCGGUAGGACACACUUCCGUAGGACUACUAGGUGCAGUGAGAUUUUUCCAUCUUCCAAACAACAAAACCCUUCCGCACAGAUAACAGAUAUCCAACAACUAAGAGGAAAUUUUUCCAAAAAAAAGUUGGGUAAAGAUACAAAUGCAAGUUCCUGUAAGUGAUCGCUGGAAGCCUUUUUUUUUGCUGUUACAAGCUACAUUUUAAUAGGCUGUUUUAUUUUACUUUUGUUUUUGAUACACGAGUUGGAUACCUGUGAUUUGUGCUUUCUACAUUUUCCUACUUUAAUUCAAUGAAGUGCAUUUUCCUACAAUGAGAUUCGAAAACAUUGUGUCAAGAUGGAACCAGUUGGGAGAUUAUUUUAGAUUAUAUUCAAAUAAUGUUUCGAACAAAUCAAGCAAUAACGAACAUAUAAGAAACUACAAAUGUAUAUUUAUCGAACUAUUUUGAGACAACAGGACCUUACGUUUAUCAGAAUAUAAUAAAAGAAUGACAUUAGAGAUAUAAAAUAAAAAAUGUUGAAACAAA